GCACAAGGACUCAUGGGGAAAGUGGCAAAUUUUCGUUCAAAUGAGCAGAUGAUGUCACCGUACGCGUUCACACGGGGAUCUCGCCGCAUGGACAAAAAGUCAUGUUAUUUGGACAUUGGGAUUCCCGAUCUUGAACAGCGAGAAACAUAUGAAGAUAGUAUAUGUGACGUAUUUGAUAUACAAGCGGAAUGUGAUUUUGAGGGAUCUGACAUACCAAAACCUUCUGUGCCGAUCGAGUUCAAAAAAGAAAAAAGAAAUCAUCCCAUGAAGAUGUUAAAAUUGAUUGAGAAUCAGAAAUUUGACGGAUCUUGGGAGUUAACAGAGAAAAUCUCACAAAUACUCGGCAAAUUACAUGAUGAAAUAAAAACAUCUGCAACGAUACAGGAUGUCAAUGUUUGGACGACAGCUCUUGCAAUUGCAUUUUUGAGAAAGUAUUUCAUGAAACAAAGAGAUGAAUGGGAGAUGAUCGAGGAGAAAGCGUUGAACUGGUUGAAGACAAGAGAUGUUGAAGGCAAAGAUGUCGUACAGGAAGCAAUGACUUUUUUAUCAACCUAACAGUUUUGUAACUUCAGUGCUAUUUCAGCCUGAUAAUAACAUUCCUUUUGUGGAAAUUUUACUACACAUAUCUUGUAUGUUACAUAUCGCUACAGUUCAUGCAAUACAAUAACUCUCAUGUAUUCUUAAAAAUACUGUCAGUGUAAGGAUUCAAAGUUCUCGAUGAUUACUGUAAGAAUCGCUUUCGUACAUUUAUAACUUGGAUUAUCAGUUAUCAAAUAUAUUUCAGUUUAUGAAGUCCAAAAUAGUAAAAUUGCAAGUAGCCUAUACAUUGAUUUUGUUUUCCAACUAUUCAUCUUGACUAUAUUUAAUACAAAAGUACUUUAUAUAGUAGUUUUAAUAGUCAGGUAUUUUUGAAAAUGGUAGAUAAACUAGACAAAAAAUAAACCUAUUCUUUGUUCCAUAAAUGUUUUUCAAAGACCGAAAUAGCUUAACGCUAAUGAGAGAGGGAAAGGUUUGCUAACACUGCUCAAGAACUUUUGUUUUUUGUACAGGAAACUUAAAAUUCAACAUCACAAACAGUGAAAACGACAUUCUUAUGAAAUAAAU